AUGCACUUUAUCUUUUCUUUCUUGCUCGGCCUGUCGUGGCUGGUCAAUGCUUCCUCCAAUUCGUCAUUGACCGGGACCAACGGUACUGAUAUUGUUACUCGUAAUGUCCACAGAUAUCGCUCCGUGGCCUACUUUGUAAACUGGGGCGUUUAUGCUCGUAACUUCCAGCCUCAGAAUAUCCCGGCCGAACGGCUGACCCAUGUUCUUUACGCAUUUGCCAAUACCCAAGCCUCUGGUGAGGUGGUCCUGUCGGACUCUUGGUCGGAUACUGACAAACACUACUCCACCGAUUCCUGGGCUGACACCGGAAACAAUGUUUAUGGUUGUGUUAAGCAGCUAUUCUUACUCAAGAAGAAGAACCGCAAGCUUAAGGUUCUCCUAUCAAUUGGAGGCUGGAACUAUGCUGAAAACCUCAAAAUCGCCUUUCAGACUGAGGCAGGACGCCAAAAAUUUGCUGACAGUGCUGUCGAGUUGCUACAGAACCUGGGCUUUGACGGUAUUGAUGUCGAUUUUGAAUAUCCUGCCAAUGAUACCGAAGCGGACGAACUUGUUGAUACCUUGCGCCGUCUUCGUGAGACAUUAGAUUCGUAUAGCUCGGCUAAUGCAGGCGGCUACCAUUUCUUGCUCACCGCUGCAUCUCCAGCUGGCUCUUCAAAUUACCAAAAAGAGCAUCUUAGCCAGAUGGAUCAGUUCCUUGACUUCUGGAACCUAAUGGCUUACGAUUACUCCGGAUGCUGGAGCACCACUGGCGGAUGUCGGGGUAUCAUUAACGGCCACAGCGCCAACCUCUACGCAUCCGAAGCCAACCCCUCCAGCACCCCUUUCAACACAGACCAAGCAAUUGACUACUACACCUCGCAUGGUGUGGCCUCUAAUAAGAUUGUCCUAGGUAUGCCUCUGUACGGCCGAGCCUUCACAGACACCUCUGGUCCUGGCCAAAUUUCUAAUGGUGUGGGUGCUGGUAGCUGGGAGGAUGGUGUGUGGGACUACAAGGCUCUGCCUCGGUCCGGCUGCUCGGUCACGGAUAUGGACCAAGAGGCUGCUAGCUACUGCUACAACUCGGACUCGCGUUUAUUUAUCAGCUAUGAUACCCCCCAGAACGCGCAUAAGAAGGCUGAAUAUAUCAUGUCUAAGGGACUUGGUGGAGGUAUGUGGUGGGAGCUCAGCGGUGACAAGCAGGGUGACGAUAGUUUGGUUACAACAGUGGUCAAUACAUUUGGAGGCACUGACGCUUUGGAGCAGAGCGAUAAUCAACUGAGCUAUCCUAUCUCUAAAUAUGACAAUAUACAAUCGUGA